AGAAGUAACAGCUGGCUCGCCCGCGGCGGCUGUGCUGAUGCGGGCUUCAAGCGGUUAGUUUACUGCGGGCCGUCGCGGCAUACACAAAUAUUUACCCUCGCGUCUCCUUAACACCCCACAGUUUAUAAAUACGCGCUCUCUUUUUUUCUUCUUUUCUUUCCUACCGUCCUCUCAGCGGCCGAGGAACCGAAGAAAAAAAAACAAAAAAAAACAGUGUUUAGUAUUUCGCGGGUCGAUAACAAAUCAAUAUUUAUCUUCGUUUUUUUUUCUUCUUGAAAAUCUCUAUUUGUUGUUUACAAAUUAAGUUAUCAGUGUUACAUACCUCCCGAUUAUUUGAUUUUUUUAAUUUUUAUUUUCGUUCCUCGCACUUCAACGGGAAUGGCGGACAGAAUUCUAAACAGCUGUGACAGGAUGGUGCCUCAUCUAGUUCCCCCUUCGGACCUGGACCACGCGGCGCUGCCCGGCUUCAAGAUCAAGGAGGAACCCUACAGCGUGAUGCAGGCCGAGGCCUGCCCCGCCGCCAGCCCGGGGCUCUUGCACGACGGCUACAACUCCCCGCCAGGCGCGGUGGACCCGUGGUCGCGCGUGGUGUUCUCCAAGAUGUGGGUGCCCUCGCUGACGGGCUUCACGGCCCGCGUGUGCGGGGUGCCGCAGCAGCAGUCCCCGCCCUGCUACCCGGGCGGCAAGGAGUCGCUGUCGGUGCUGGCGGCGGUGGGCGGGUACGGGCAGGCCUCGGAGACGGGGCAGCCGCCCCCGGCCAAGCAGGCGGCCCCCGCGGCGCCGCCCCCGCAGGCCGUCAGCCCCGAGGCGCCGCCGCCGUCCAACCAGAGCAGCGCGUCCAGCAGCGCCGCUUCGUCGGCGUCCCCCGGCCAGCAGGACCCCAACUCCAAGCCGCCCUUCUCGUACGUGGCGCUGAUCGCCAUGGCCAUCCAGAGCAGCGCCCACAAGCGCGCCACGCUGUCCGAGAUCUACCAGUUCAUCACCAGCAAGUUCCCCUUCUUCGAGCGCAACAAGAAGGGCUGGCAGAACUCCAUCCGCCACAACCUGUCGCUCAACGAGUGCUUCGUGAAGGUGCCGAAGGAGGGCGGCGGCGAGCGGAAGGGCAACUACUGGGUGCUGGACCCUCAGUACGAGGACAUGUUCGAGAACGGCAACUACCGGCGGCGGCGGCGCAUGAAGCGGCCCUACCACCGCUCCGCCGCGCACUACGGCAAGGGCAUCUUCGCCGACGGCUUCGGCGCGGCGCACCAGCUGCCGCUCGCGAGGCCCACGCACCUCUUCGCCAGCCAUGCUGGCUACCCGCCCGCCUACUCCAGCGCGGCGUGGAACUUCCCCGGAGUGCAGACGCCCUACCCGUCAUGCCAAGCGGUGAACGUGGCCGCCGCAGCCGCCGCCAGGGCUGCCAACCCUUCGCACACCAACCCCUACUCGCAGCUGCAGACGCAGUUGCAGCCGAUGCAACCCAUGCAGAUCCCCUCCAUGAACGGCUACAACCAGCUGGGCUCCACGCUGGGUGUGACGACCAGCAGCAGCACCGGGUUCGUGUCCAGCUUCUCGCCCUGCAGCCGGCGACACGACUCCGCCGCGGAGGCCAUGCGCUACUCCUACUGGCCCGACAUGAUGGGCAUGAAGGAGGAGGCGGCCACGCCUGCCAACGGGACGACCACGAACUCCUUCCCCGGGGUUGACUUCACGCUCGCCAACUCCACCAGGGGCAAGUGCUUCAUGUGAGCAGCCCGCGGGGGGUUGGCACGCCUGCCGCCUGCCGAAGAGACGCGCCCGCGCGUCCACCGAUGAUCUCACCGCGCGUGCGCGAGAAGGGGGGGCGCCCCUCCCCCCACCCCCGCGCCCAAUGCCGCCAGCCGACCGGGAAGCCUACAACUCAUGUAGUUUCGGUUCCCUGCGAGAAUUUCCGAAGAUUUCAGAAGUUUUGCGGUUUUGGUACUAACGCGUAACGCCACUUCAGCCGCUAAAUCAUAAGUUUCCAAUGGAAACAAGCAUGUUGUGACUGACCUAACCUAACCUAGCCCUUCGAUUUUUUUUUAAUUUUCAAUUUUUGAGAGAAAUCCGAAGUUGUACGAACGUGGUAGGGAACCGAAACUAUGUGAGUUGUAGGCUUCCCCCAGCCGACCACGCACGCGCACCAGUCCUUUCCUACUCGCCUUCGAGGAACCACCGCGUUCCCUUUCAUAGUCAGGGAGUAGUUCCCUAAAUUAUUUUGCUGGUGAUAUUUCCAGUUUGUGCACACGAUGUUUUAUAAAUUUAUAAAUAUAACCAUGCGUAAUUGUUUUUAAAAGGUGUUCUCUACUAUACUAGUCCUCAUUGAUAUGGUUUUUGUUUGAACUUAAAAAAGCAAAGUUUUACGUCAAUCGUAGAACGUGUUGGAAGCAUUAACUAACUCGUGGAUCAACCGUUCGUCUUAAAACUCUCUUUUCUUUUUUUUAGUACAUAGUUCAUUAAAUAAAUUAAAAAUUAGAUUUUUCCCAACUCUGAAAAACCUCAAUGUUUCUAUGUUUUUGGGGGAACCUAAUUUUUUAUUUAUUUCAUUAAUCAUAUACUAAAAAUAAAGAACGGUUAAUCCAAGACCGUACGCCACUGUUCAUGCUGCGAUAGACAUACAAUUUUGCUUUUAAGUUCAUAAAAACUGUUAAACAAGGAAUUGUUAAAAAAAUAAACUAAAUAUGGUUAUAUUAUGAAUUCAUCUAAAAUAAUGUGAAAAAACCCGAAAUACUAUAACCCAAAUAAUGCAGGAUACUACUCCCUUAAAAGCGAGACAUAAAGGUAUCAAGAGAGUUAUAAAAAAAAAGAUACUUAAGGCAUUAAAAACGCAGCAAGAUGUUAAUGUCCCCGUGACUAUUGAGGCAGCUGUUUGCAGGCACAGUAGGGACUCACCCAAGAGGUGAAGUCACACAAAGACAAGAACUCGGGCGUGUACGAAAGGAUGUGUGCGCUUCUACGAGUGGAGGUCCCAGGCUUACCAACACUGUCGACGCUCAGUCAAGGAGAGCAGUUUUGCUUCUGGACACAUUCUUGCUGGGGGGAGGGGGCCCCCUUCCAUUUUUACAUCGACUAUUUGCAAGGCAUAUUUACAGACUGGUAUAAAAAGUGCAACGUAAAAAAAAAUUUAAAAAUCUGCGCAGAAACACAAGGCAAGUCAUCUUUCUAAUAAAUACUACAAUUGUAAUAUCAUCAUAACUGUUAUUAAAAAUUCAAGUUUUUAAUAGUCAUUUUUAUAAAUAAUAACUGCCAAUGUAAAAAAAUACAACUAUUAUUAGCAGUUUUAUGUACCUACUUAUUAAAAAAAAAUUAUUUACAAAAGUUUUUGUGCCUUACAAUUCCAAUAUUAUAAAAUAUGUUUGUAAAUUCUUUUUCUUUUCUUUUUGAACACCAUAAAUCAGGUUUAUAUAAUAUAGGUCCUUGCAAAUUCUAAAAUAUGUUAGAUAAAACCAAACCCCAUCAAACAGAACAGAAGUUAGACUCUUAAGGAUUAUCCAACACAGUGUUGGUAAAAUUGGGCAAAGAAGGAAGAAAGAGUCAUUGCCGCGUCACUCCGGCUGGACCAUGAAGUGACCGUAGAGGUAGGGUGAUUGUAUGUACUACGCAUAUCGCCAACACACUUAUCACGCGAAUGUAGGAAACUUUAUGUUAAAUUGUCCAGUUUUCUUAGAUUAGCCCAGUUCGUGAAUCCUGCUUUUUUUUUUUUAAUUCUUUUUUCACCACGAAACGCAAAUUCAAGAUAAAAAAAAGUUGUUUUAAGGCACUUUUGAUGUAGGCAUGUUGAAUUUACUGUGAUAACAAACGCAUAAACAACAUGAACACUUAUUUUUCUGCUGUCAAUUUUUCAAAAUACGAGAUGUCACGAAUACAUAGCACAAAAUGUUUCCCUUACUGAAAUCUUAUUUACACAUGAUAAUUGUGUGUUGGCAUAUGCACGAACAAGCCAACAUGUCACAAGAUACGUUGAGCUAAUGCGCAGUUUAAUCGGCACUCUUCCUCUAUAUUCUCUUUAUGGGUUGUACAUUUCAUCAUGAGAGUACAGAAGAUACGAAACAAAAAAGGAGGGUUAUUUUAGAAGAAAAAACAUUUCCCCUGUAGUAAAUGAAGUGGAUGUAUUUUCUGAAUUACUUUUUUCAAGUAAAUUUUAUUUUAGUUGCCACCUCGAAACCUGUUAUAGUGGUAUGCUUAUAAACAGAAUACUCUUGGACACAACAAAUUGUGAUCUGUGCGGGACAUGAGAAGAAAUACCAACUGUCAGUCAGAGACUUGUUUUUUUCUUUAUUCUGCGCCUGUGCUGUUUGCAAGAUGUCCAGAUGUGCCGUUUCACGCACUCAAAUGAAGAAGAAAAAAAAAACGGAUUAGUGACUUUUUUUUAUUUUUAGAAAAGCUGAUUGUGGUUUACGUUCUUGUGUUUUAUUGUUGCUUUAUUGUGUAUAUUUCUGCGAUGAGUGUUUUUUUUGUUAACUAGAUUGAUAAAACAAGGUCUACGGUAUUUAUUAAACAAACAUUUUUUUUUUCUCUCCCCUGAGGAAAU